AUGAGCAAGAUUUCUUGCAAAUUGAUACUCGUAGGUGCAAAGAGUUGUGAGGGAAGUGAUGGCUUUUUAUCAAACUCAAUUUCACGAGACAGGUUCAUUAUAGAUAACUGCAAAACAAUAUUCUUUGCUGGACAUGAAACUACUGCAAUUACAGCAUCUUGGUGCUUAAUGUUGUUAGCUACAUACCAAGAUUGGCAAGAUCGUGCUCGUGCAGAGGUGCUUGAAGUUUGCGAAAAUGGUAAUAUAGACGCCAGUAUACUUAAAAGCAUGAAAACGUUAACGAUGGUGAUUCAAGACAUUGAGGCUUUAUUCUCCAGCAGUAUUUGUUACCAUAACAGCUUUCCAAGAUGUCAAUAUAAAAGGUAUCAAAGUUCCGAAAAAGAAAUGAAUAUGCAGAUUCCGAUCUCAAUGUUGCUACAUGACAUUGAUAUAUGGGGGCCUGAUGCGCACGAGUUCAAUCCAGAAAGAUUUGCGACUGGCGUGCUUGGAUCCUGCAAAAUUCCACAAGCUUAUAUGCCAUUUGGAAUCGGUGCCCGCGUCUGUCCUGGACAGCAUUUGGCCAUGAUAGAAUUGAAGGUGCUUUUGUCUCUCAUUCUGUCUAAGUUUCGGUUCUCUCUUUCAUCAAGUUACUGGCAUUUGCCGGCCUUUCGGUUGGUUAUAGAACCUGGUCAGGGAGUUGUUCUCAACAUGACAAAAAUUUAA